GCAAAAUUAAUUUUUGAAUUUUGCUGAUCAUCUUUCAAGAGAUAAUAUUAAGGGAUCGAAGCUUCAUCGAACCUUUGAAAUAAUGAGUUGACCAAAUCACAAUUUUUUCAAAGUUUCGCAAUAUACCGGACGUUUUGACCUUUCUGUUUAUUUCAGCUACGGAACUACGCAACGCUCUGUAGUAUCAUACAUGUAUAUCUACCUCAUUCCAGUGGUGGAUCCAGGAUAUUUUGAAAGGGGGACCAAAAGACGGGGGCUUUGGUUUUGGAGGUUUAAAACGCUUUUUUGAGUUUUUCUAGCUUUACUUGACAUAUCAUAAAAUCGAUAAAUAACAACAAAAACUGAUUUUUCUGCACUUUUAAUAUUUUUUGAUUUUUAAAAAAUGACAAAAGGGGGGGGGGAUUCAAAAUCCGCCAGUGAUUUCGAUUAAUUAAACUACAGGAUUGAUGAAUUCAGCUAAUUGAUAACGAGUUGGGUUAGAUAUAAUUAUUAAAAAGCCAAUAACACAGAAAAACUCCAACCGUUUGAUUGUAAAAUUUAUAAACAGACUAAACAAACUUUGGCAAAUACACCACGUAAUAAGGUCAGUAGGUCAUUGCUGUGUAUGCGGCAUCGUACUUUAUGUACCCCGGGAUGUCCUAUUUUGUGAAAGUUUUGAUUGCGUUAGAAAACUCCCAUGCGCUCGAUUUAAAUAUUAUACAACUCCAUAUUUGCACACAUUUGUCUUCAACAGCAAGAAUGUCCGAUUCCGGCUGUGACUGGAUUAAAGCCUGGGAAACGAACGACAUUGGAUUCCAUCAACAAAAUGUAAAUCAAGGCCUUCUUAGCCAUGCAGAUCAAAUGAUCAAUGGAAGAGAAAAUAUCAAAAUAUUUCUACCCCUCUGUGGAAAGACAGUUGAUAUGAAAUGGCUUUGGGAUAAAGGUCAUACAGUUGUUGGUGUGGAUAUCGCCAGGAAAGCGUUUGAAGACUUCUUCAAAGAGCAGACCAUCUCAUACUCAGUGCGGCCUUUACCGAAUGGAGAGGGAGAAAUUUUCACAAGUGAUGACAAUAAAAUCAAGCUGUACUGCUGUGAUUUAUUCAAAUUUAAUAGUUCAUUUGACGGUCAAUACGAAGCGAUAUGGGACAGAGGAUCCCUUGUUGCCAUCGACAAAAGCGACAGACACAGGUAUGCUGAACUGAUGAAGAGUCUCAUGACAAAAGACUGUCGAUAUCUGCUUGAAACGCUCGAGUAUGACGAAACCAAAUUUAAAGGCCCACCUUACUUUAUAUCGCAGCAGAAUAUCAAAGAAUUUUUUGGUAACACACUACAAAUGUGCUUUUUAGAAAAUAAAGAAAUAUUUUCAGAGGAAUUCACGAAAUGGGGGAUUGACAGUUUGUUUAUCAAUAUGUAUUUACUCUCUUUAAAGUAAUGACACCCAUCUACCGUUUACGUACAUAUGACGUCACAUUCAGUCAACUUGAGAGGAAAACAAAUUAAUUGAUUUAGUAUUGCUUACAUAACACAUGCAUUUUGAUUGAAUUUCAGAAUUUACUAUCAAUAAGUCAUGACGCGAUGUCAUUUUAACAAUAAAUAAAAAAAACCUAAUUGUUUUCACUGGCUGUUAAUAUGAACAACAUAUUAUUGUUUAAUGAGUUGAAAUUUUCUACAUUUUAUAUCAUGUGUUAAGGUGGAAUAACACACCCAGAAAAAUCAGUCAUAUUACAGUAAUUUUUUUUAUGAAAGAUAUAAUGAUAAAAAAAACUAUACAUACAUGUAUGUCAAAUAGGCGAACAAAUUGCAGUUUGGGAUAAAAAAUGAUUAUCUAAAAAGAUUAAUUCAGUAAGUAACAACAAAAAGCCCCUGCGGGAUUCAAACUCGGGAUGUACGGAUCACAAGACCGAGUCCUUAUCUACUCGGCUAUGGAGUAAGUUACAUGUUGCCAUAAAAAAAAAUUCUUUUAAUGAAACGAAAUGUCGUUUCGAUCAGAGGUCAGCCAUUUUGUGACGAUGUGUUAUUCCACCUUAAAAUGAAAAAAAAAUUGCUAAAUGUAAUGUACUUGUAACUUAUACAUUUAUGACAAUAUAUUUUGGACAAAAAUGCUCAUUGUAUGUUAUUUCAAUAUGAAUGGAAUCUGAUAAGAAUUUAGCCAUUGUGCAAUGAAAACGCAUCUUUCUUCUUUUA